UAUCUUUACUUUUCUUUAGAUUUAGGAUCAAAGCUUGAUACAACAGAGUAGGGAGAGAGAGGAUCAUAAUGAUUGAUAUUACUGUAAAGACCCUGGAUUCACAAACCAGGCAAUUCUCUGUAUCAGAGGAUUUGACGGUGAAGGAUUUCAAGGAAAAGAUUGCAGGUUCUGUGGGCAUUGCAGCUGCCACUCAACGUCUCAUUUACGGCGGUCAAGUCCUCAAGGAUGAGAAGAAGCUGUCCGAGUAUAACCUCCAUGGAAAGGUCAUGCAUCUGGUGGAGAGGGCGCCCCCACGACCUGCAACCACCAGUGCGAGUGGUUCCCAGCAACAGAGAGGCGGUUCUUCCACUACUUCUGCCCCAUCUCAGCAGCCUGGUCUUUCUGCAAACUCUAACGAGGUUCAGAACAUCGUACAGCACAUUCUAGGAGCUAUGGGAGACUUGGGGCGCAAUGCUAGAGUAACAUCACAAGCAUCACGUGACGGUUCGUCUGUAGAUGUACAUAUCAACCUUGGCUCAGUUCUGCCUGCGGUGGCGCUACAUAGUGAAUCUCAUAUGCUGAUGUUCAACAUUCUAUCCAUGAUUCACCAUGCUGAUAAUCUUAUCAAUAGACUGGAGACUCUUCACCCCACACCAGAGGGUGAGGCCAACAGACCAGCCUGUGAUUCCACUAGUCAGCAAGCAUCGGAACAAUCAACAAGUCAAACCUCAACAACACCUGCUACAACAACCACAACAAGUACAUUAACAUCUCCAGCAACACCAACAACAAGCACUUGGUCGCCAAUGGAGGUGGACUCUACCACACCUAGUACUUCUACCACAUCUGCAGCACCAACGAAUUCAACCGCAACGUCUACCACAGGUUCUGGGGGUCGAGCAACAUCAACUGGUAGUGGCAGUAACAGUACAACAAGUGGUAAUGGUAACGCCCAGUCAACUGGUACACAGACACCUCCUUCCACUGGCCCCAGCUCCAGGUAUCCUCGAUGUAGCACUCUGGUUGGAGGAUUAGACGAACUGCAGCGGUUGUGGCGUCGUUUUACUCCUCAUCUUCACCGAUACCAAGUGAUGAUGAGGACAGACCCAACAUUCCCCACAAAUGAGGAACGUCAGCAAGCACAGACCACUAUCAACCUGUGUCAGCAGAUAUUCCACACUCUUGGUCACAUGAACCAUGCAUUCUCUGAGUUUAUCAUUGAUAUGAAUCAACCUACACCUAGACAUGUUCGUGCUCCACCACCACCGGCUGCAGUCCCACCAAUGCCCAUGCGUAUGGGUGCAGCCGCGGCACAACCAGUUCAAGUCACAGUUAGAAAUCUGAAUAGAGGUGCCCCGCCCCAGUCAGCUCCAAGCUCUGUCUCGACAUCAGGAGGAGCUCAACCACAAGCUGGGUCUCAGGCCUUUGUGACGGUAACAUCAGGUUCGGUUGUUGGUAGCAAUAACAACACCCAAGAGGAAACCACAACGUCCCCUUCCUCCUCUGCUCCAGGAAGCUCAACAUCCACUUCUUCUACAUCAACAGCAUCAGGGGCAACGCCCACCUCCACCACCACCCCCAGGCCCCAAGGACCAGGCCAACCCACAGGACAGGGUCAACCCCAGCAGGGUGGUCAACCACGCCCUGCUUUUACCCAGUUACCUGCUGGUAUGUUCCCCCCUGGUCUGAUACCGGGCCUUGCUCCAGGAAUGCCUCUACCAGGUAUUACCAUUCAAAGAACAACAGGUGGGGCUGGAUUUCCUCAAAACAUGAUGCAAGGAGUCGCCCAGAUGAUCAGUCAACAGAUUCAUGCUGCUAUAUCCAAUCAACAGCAGGGCGGUCAACAACAGGGUGGUCAGAGGCAACCCGGUCAAUCUAGUGGUCAACAGCAAGCUGGUCAGCAAACUGGCGGUCAGCCACAGGCUGGUCAACAAACCACCGGUCAACAACAAGCUAGUCAACAGCAGACUAGCCAGCAGGCACCAAGGACUCAAGGUCAAUCAGCCAUGUCAGGGAGUUCAACCACACGCACCACACCCACACAAUCAGACGCCUCCGCCCCGACCAGUGAACGCUCCACCGGUGGUGUGCACACCUCUCAAACCAACCCCAAUCCUAACCAACCCUUUACCACCUUCAACCCAUGGGCACUCCUCCAGUGGGACCCACACCUCCCCUGUAACUCCAGACACCGUGGUACACCCUUGAUGCAGCAGAGACACACAGGUCAGCAGCAGGGUAGGACUGUUUCACCCCCUGGUGGGGUUCAAGGGGUUAACAGUGCACCCCCUACACCAGGUCAAGCUACUGCUCCACCAGCUGGAAUCCAAGCAGUUGGUCCAAAUCAGCUACAAGCAUUCCAGGAGAUGAUGGGUGGACUAGUUGGUGCUUUAUCAAAUCCUGCAUCCAGCCACAGAGUGGUUGUCCAGGCCCAGACGGACAGACCGAGUGGAACCACUUCGUCCACUAGCAGUAGUCAAGGUAGAUCAGGGGGGCAGCAGCAGCACCCCCCUACCACCGGUCCUCUACCAGCCGGAGGGGGUAGACCAGCAGGUGCAGCACCUCAGAUAUCACUCCAGCAGCUCUAUACUAAUAUGAUGAUGGCUACCCAAGCCAGUGCACUUCAAGGGGCCAACAGUCCCACUGUGGAGGAGUUUCUCAAUGGUCUUGAUAUGGACCAUUCAUUUGGUGAAGGUACUGUCUUAGAGCUUCUUGAAGUCCUGCAGAGGAACCUAACCAUGGCAGACAUGGUUGCUGUGGUUGUGGGUACCAUGGCUCCUUUAGGUCGUAUCCGGGGUCAACUACAAGAAUUUGUCAGAAGAAGAGUUCUGGACGGGCAGGAGGCUACUGAAGACAAUAUUCAGAUUGGAGUUACCAGGAUGAAUUCAGAAAUGGAGCCAUUCAUAGAAGAAUUUACGAGAGAUACACCAAAUCAACGCAAUGUGGAUAUCAUGGCAACAUUACAGAGGAUAAACAAUGAAGCAGCUACUCGCUUCAUCACAUCGACACUUGAUGAAAGUCUAGCAGACUACCCUAAUGAAAUCAGGACCAUAAUGAAUACCUUCUUACAACAAAUAGCUGCUACCUUCAUCUAUAUACUAGGCAGUGAACAUGAUGCUGUCAGCUAUUUCCAGUUGAGAAUGACUGCCUACCUUUCCCAGGGUAGCCCUGAGCUGAGUGCCUUUGGUAUGCCAGUCAUUCUAGCCAAUGUACAGGCCUUCAUGAAUGCAAGGACGAUUACAGAACAAGAUAUCAUGCCAUACAUAGCAUAUCAACAGGACACUCCUACAGUACCCCCAGCAGCUGUGGAGAGCAGAGACAGAGUAGAAUCAACAGCCCAAUCUACCACAUCAUCUGUUGCUAUGUCAGUUGAAAGCUGCAGCACGGCACAGGUCAGAGGUCAGGAGGAAGACAGGAAGUCAGAAAGCAGUGAUGAGACGAUGGAAUUCGAGGAUGCUAUCGAGGUUCAGGAACCAGUCCGAACUCCUCGAGAUCCGGCAAGAAACGCGGAACCCACACAGCAGCCUAAUAGACCAGCAGGAAUCCCUAUAGGUGGGGCUAUAGCUAGACCGAUGAGAAGGAGUAGUCCUGCAGAAUCCCAUGCUCUUGAUGAUGAUGAAUGGCAGGCACAUGUUGAUCCAGAAUGGGUACCAGUAAUUACACAAGACAUCAAUCGUCAGAGACGUCAGAUAUCACAGGCCCCUCUCAGUGAUGCUUAUAUAGCAGGCAUGCCAUCUAAGAGAAUAAAGGUAGGCAAUAUCAACCAUUCAUUCCUCUAUACAUGUCAGUAAAAAUA